AUGCUCAAACAGCAAUUCUUCAAAUAUUUAUUAUUAUAUUCUUUAUAUUAUCACAAAGAAACACCUUUACAUUUAGCUGUUCAGGAAAAUAAGCUUGAUAUUAUUAAUCUUCUUUUAGAAAAUAAAGCAGAUCCAAAUAUUCGAAAUUUUGAUGGCGAAAAUGUUAUAUUCACAGCAAUUAGAUGGAGUCAUCCAGAUUUAAUAGAACUUCUUAUUCAAAAUAAAGCAGAUCCAAAUAUGUACAACAAAAAAUCGUUAUCUCCGUUACACGUAUGCGUAGAAUACAAAGCAGAGGCUGAAGCGCGUACAUUAAUGCUACAUGGAGCUAAUCCAAGAUAUCAGGAUUCUCAAGGAAAAACUCCUUUCCAUGUUGCAGUUCAAAAUCGCGAUACAGAAAUGUCAAAAUUAUUCCUCGAGUGCGGUGAUGAUCUUGCUUUGAUACGUGAUAACAAUCUCAAGACUGUUUGGGAUAGUUGCCCAGCAGAAUUUAAGAAUACAGUUAUUCCAGUAGAAAUUCCACAGCCUGAAGAUAACAGCAAUAAGAAAGAGAAGCCAGCAGAGGAUGAGAUGCAAUGGCUUAAGGAUAAGAAGUGUUGCAUGUGCAAAAACAUGGAUGCAGAAAGAAUUCUUCUUCCUUGCCGACACUGCGUGUUAUGUAACAACUGUACUCCUAAAUUCUUAGAGCAGUACUUCCAGUGUCCUGUUUGCAAGAUGGCAAUCUUUGCUGCAGCAAAACAAUAA